AUGCCACGCCUUGCGCUGUCUCCGCGGACCCCUCAUCAGCUGCUCGCCGCGCGCCGGCGGCAACAAUGCAGCAACACCACCAGCACGCGCCAAUUCCACGCUUCAACCUGCCAGCACAACAACGCUGAGGCGCAGAGCCAUUACGAAGCGCUCGAACUCCCCUUCACGGCGAGCGCAGCGGAAAUCAAGCGCCAAUUCUACUCUCUCUCCAAACGCCACCACCCCGACCGCAAUAAGGGCGACCCCGCCGCCUCCUCACGCUUUGUCCGCAUCAGCGAAGCCUAUCACGUCUUGGGAUCGCCGGAAAAGCGCAGCCGCUACGACCGGGACCUAGCACGUCUGCACCCGAACCGCCACCACGGCCACCACCAUGCCUCGCCCUCUUACGCCGGCCCGGCUGGCUCACGACCACCCUCCGGCCUGAGCAGGCGGCGCACGCAAUUCCGCGGCCCCCCGCCGUCCUUCUACCGCAACGGCGCCUGGGGCGCACACGGCGCGAAGCGCGCCGCGGCGGGCGGCUUCGACGGAACGAACCCCCACGAGCAUACGACGGACCACCACAACUAUGCGGGCGAGUCGACCUCGUCGGCGGCCGGCGGCGACAACUCGUACACGGGCGCAUUCUACGCGUCUCCGGGAGGCGGCUUCGGCCCGGGCCAGGCGGAGCGCGGGUGGGACAACGCGAUCCCGCACUGGGACCGCGUUGCGCACCGGCGCACGCAGGAGGGCAUCGCGGCCCAGCUGAGCCGGCGCGCGCGCAUGCGCGGCGAGUCGGUGGAAGAGAUGAAGAAUGGUGGCGGCCCGUGGAGCUUGCUGAUCAACUUCUUCGUCGUGAGCGGGGCAAUCGCGAUUGUGGCGAGCAUACCGAGUUGGAUGAAUUACAAGAAGAGAGAAAAGGUACCUGGCAAGUAA